AUUUAAAUUGCAAUUUCGAGUCCGCCUUUCCCCUCUUUCGCGAACCCUAGACGGUUCAAUUGAAUCACCCUCUCCCUCUCUUUCUCUCUCUAACUUUCUCUCUCCUAGGGUUCCGUUUUCUGGAACUCUCUCGCUGUUUCGUGCUCGGACGUCGGAGCUCUCUGUGAGCUAUAAUGGAGUUCGGAGGAGGUGGCCGGAAGAGAGGCAGGCCGGAAGCUGCGCACUUUAAUGGGAAUGGCGGCUUCAAGAAAUCCAAGCCAGAAAUGGAGUCCUUUCAACCUGGUAUAGGAAGCAAAUCGAAGCCAUGCACAAAGUUUUUCAGCACUUCCGGGUGCCCUUUUGGUGAAGGAUGUCACUUUUUGCAUUAUGUUCCUGGUGGCAUCAAAGCGGUGUCUCAGAUGACUGGUAGCAAUCCAACCCAUCCUCCUCCUCCUAGAAAUUCAGCAGCCUCACCAUCAUUUCCAGAUGGUUCUUCUCCUCCAGCUGUCAAGACACGGUUGUGUAAUAAGUACAACACGGUUGAAGGUUGCAAGUUUGGGGAUAAAUGCCAUUUUGCCCAUGGUGAGUGGGAGCUUGGUAGGCCCACUGCUCAAUCCUACGAAGAUCCUCGUGCAGGGGCCGGAUUUCCAGGCAGAAUGGGAGGUCGGAUGGAGUCUGCCCCACCGGCACAUGGAGCUGUAGGAAGUUUUGGGGCCACUGCCACGGCUAAGAUCAGUGUUGAUGCUUCGCUUGCAGGAGCCAUUAUUGGGAAAAACGGUGUACACUCAAAGCAAAUUUGUCGUGUGACUGGUGCAAAGCUUUCCAUAAGAGAGCAUGAGACAGAUCAUAAGCUGAGGAACAUUGAGCUUGAGGGUACCUUGGACCAGAUUAAAGACGCCAGUGCUAUGGUUCGUGAGCUCAUUGGGAACGUGAGUUCAGGUGCUGGACCUCACAACACGAGGAAACCUGCUAUGUCAGCCUCAUCUCCGGCAAGCAACUUCAGGACUAAGCUUUGUGAGAACUUUACUAAAGGUACAUGCACCUUUGGGGAUAGGUGCCACUUUGCACAUGGACAAGAAGAGCUGCGCAGGUCGGCGAUGUGAUUUCUUUCAACUCUUUCUUGUUCUCUUACCAUUCUGUCGUAGGAUACACUUAUUACAGCAUUAAUUUUGUGUUCGUUAAAUUUGUUUUGCUUCUAGGGUUUAAUAUUCGGAAAUUUUAGGAGUUUGCCAUGUUUCUCUCUACUUUGCUGCUCGUCUUUCGGAAUCAAGCUGAGAUCUCAUGGUUGAACUAAUAUAGUGAAUAGUGAUAAGUACAGGCUGCCAGUUAGCAUGUGCAGUGGCAAAUGCUAAUCUUGGCUGCUUGAAUGUGUUCAUUUUGUUUUGAUCAGAUUAAUGAAAAAUGAGAUGUUAAUUUUGUGCUCACA